AAGUGUCCACGCAAACCAGUCAGUCUUCGUUGUCUUUGAGACAUCUCACUGAUUGUUCGAUUCCAUUGCCUUUCUCUCAAGUUCAGCGGCUCCUCCACAAGGGGUUUCGAUUCUCUGAAAUGAGUCACUCGGACAUUGAAAGUAUUGAUGAAUCUAUUAUAAAUUGGGAACAAGCUCUGAGUCAGUAUGAAACGGUGAUGUGCUCGGGUACUGAGACUAUGCAAAUAAAAGCCAUGACGAAGCUAGCCCGUCUCUCUAAACAUGCCCCUGAGGGUUUAUUAGUUCGCAUUAUACCCCAUCUCAUUGAGAAUCUCGAUGACUACCAUUCAGUUAAUUCAGACUGUUCUCUUCAAAAGGCUUCUGCUUAUUGCUUAAAAUGUAUAGCUUGUAGAGGUGAUGGUGGGUUGGCAAAGGAAAUAGGUAGACUUGAUGGAGCAAAUCCUUUGUUAUGGUGGUUGUCACAUUCUAAUGGCGAGUUUCAAGUAGUCCUGAUAAAAUGUUUGCUCGUUCUUGUUACUUUCUGUAAUUCAAGUCGUGCAGUUGUCGCUGGUAAUGAAGGCGUAGAAAUUAUCAUUAGUUUGUUAAAUUCUUAUACAGAUGAUGUUAGACUUUACCUGUUGGAAAUUUUGAGUGCAUUAGCAUUGCUGAGGGAUGUUAGGAGGGCACUCACUAGAUUAGGAAGUCUUAAAUUUCUUGUGGAGGCUGCUAGCUGUGGUAGCAUGGUUUCUCGGGAAAGAGCUUGUCAAGCAAUCGGGUUACUUGGUGUCCCAAGACGGGCCAGGCGUACACUAGUUGAACUAGGAGUGAUUCCAGUACUUGUUGACUGUCUUCGUGAUGGAGACCACAUCAUGAAACUUGUGGCCGGUAAUGCGCUUGGUGUGAUCUCUGCUCAUAUUGAUUAUAGUAGAUUAGUUGGUCAAUCUGGGAUUAUCAGUCUCUAUGCUGAGCUUCUUCAAGGACCUGACCCUUCUGGUAAGGAGAUUGCUGAGGACGUAUUUUGUAUAUUGGCUGUUGCUGAGGAGAAUGCUGUUGAAAUCACCAGGCACUUGGUGAGAAUUCUUAGAGAAGGUGAUGAUGAAUCAAAGGCUUCUGCUGCUGAUGUGUUAUGGGAUCUGGCAAGUUACAAGCACGCAACAUCUAUGGUCCGGGAGUCAGGUGUGAUUCCAAUUCUGGUUGAGCGACUGGAGAGUGAAAAUGAAGAGAUAAAGCAGAACGUCUCUGGGGCAUGUGCUCAACUGAGCUAUGAUGAGGCAGAUAGAAUGGCACUUGCUGAAGCAGGGGCAAUCCCAAUUCUCAUCGAAAUGAUGCUGCAUGAUGAGUUGGAGGAAGUAAGGGAUAAUGCUGCUGAGGCUCUUGUCAACUUUGCUGAGGAUCCUUUGUACUGUGAUAGAGUAUCUGAUGCAAUUAGUGUUCCUUCAUUUAGAGAUAUGCAAAACAGAUUACUUCACAUUCGUGCUUCAAAUGAGCAUAUGGCUAGAUCGUUACGGAGAAUGACUGAUUGGCAGCUCACAUGGAACCCUGAUCUUGUUUAAUCAUUGGAAGGGUAUUUUUAUUCCAACAUCUUUGGAACAUUGGACAUAACAGAAGGAUAGGAGGGAAUAGGAUCAAAUUGUGAUGUACAGCUAAACUUAAUAUGUAGGCUGAAGAAACAUUGCAUGUGCAGGUACAAAUGAAUGAAUGGACACUGUUAAGCCAUUCAUUUCUGCAUUUUUGUUUUAUGGGUGGUCUUACUAAUAUGGUGUUUCAAGCACUUGGGACUGGGUGCUUAUUGUACAUAACUUAAUAGGUGAUAAGUUGAUCAAAAUAUUUGAAUGUGUUAGAGACGUCUCUUAUUAAUUUCUGCAUCUGACACAUCUACAUGCUUUAUCAUUAGUUUUGGUUAUAUAUCAUUGUAAACCUUGUAUGCUUAAGACUUUUGUGCAGAGAAAAUUUAAGAUUGUUUUAUUUUUAA